UCCGAUACAGUAACUGGCCUUAUGAGGGUUUCUCCUAUUUUCGUGUAAUUAUAAUGAGCGAUUCCGUUGUGGCCAGCCGGCACAAGGACUGUUGGCCUUGCCGGUUGGUUAGUGGAUUCGGUGUGAUCGGAAUCGGAGUGUACAUUGCACUGCAGGCACAGAAACGACCUCACAAAGUGGCGCGCUACACUAUGCAAACCGUAGCUCUGGCGGCCGGAAGCAUCGGUGUUGCUCGACUGCUAGACGUCUACCCCUUUGGCCACAAUGCGGCAAAGUAAUGCAACAUUCAGAGGGCCACCAUUGAGUCAGAUUUAUUUUUAAAGUUUAGUUUCCAAUAAAUGAUCACUGUUUAAUUCCUACCA